AUUUUUUACACAUAUAUAUAUAUAUAUAUAUACAUAAAACCAAUUUACUAUCUUCACGCUAGCAAUCUGAUGUAAAUGUAAUCUUAUCAUUAGAAGCUAUAGGCAAGCCAGCAAUUAAAUGUAGAUGAGCUAGCACCUACCUUUAGCCUGCUAGCUGCUAACAGUUAACGUUAGCUAUUUUACGUUAGGUAAACAAUGGGCAUUAGCUUCCGUAGGCAUAUCAGCUGUAACUGUAACGUUAAAUGUUAGUUAUUUGUUUGGCCGCAUACUUACAGGGAUACACACACUAUGUCUGCAAACAACAUUUAUUCAGACAGAACACUUAAACGUCAGGCAAAGCGAAGGGCUUUCGAUAUCCUUAGUGAGGUUAACGUCAAUGCUGAAGCUGAAUCUGACGCAGCCGACGAUUUAAAUAUACCGGUAUGCCUGGCAGAAAACGCCCCCUCUGAUGAUGUGUGGUCAGAUGCUGCAUCUGAUUGGCCCAUGUCCUAUGAAUCAGAGUCUGAAAUUGAGUUUAAUGUUGUUGACGAUAACGUUAUUGAUGAAUUUUGGUCAUAUGCUCUGACAGAAACUGACACAAGUGAUGAAGAAUCUGUUGAGUCUGCAGAGUGUCUUGGGGAGGAGCUCAGAGGUUGGGCAAUAGACAGCCAAGUACCACAAUGCCAUCUAAAUGGGCUCUUGGGCAUCCUGAGAAAAUAUCAUCCCUAUCUCCCAAAGGAUUCCCACACUCUUUUAGGCACUCCAACUAAUUAUGAGGUCCAGCAGAUUGCUGGUGGCACCAUGCAUUAUUUUGGAGUUGAGAAAGGCAUUAGGCAUAUAUUACACCAGAUAGACCCUCUCCCAAAGGCCAUUCAUUUACAAGUAAAUAUUGAUGGACUACCUUUGUUCAAAAGCAGCAAUCAGCAGUUCUGGCCCAUUCUAGGCUUGGUAGAGGAAGACAAAACAAAGCAACCAUUCGUCAUUGCAUUAUAUCUUGGGUCUAAAAAACCAGCGAAUGUCAAUCUGUUCCUGGAAACAUUUGUGAAUGAAUAUGGAAAGCUUAAAUUAGAGGGUGUGGAUGUUAUUGGCAAAUGUGUAGAUAUUCAAAUUUCUAAUUUUGUUUGUGAUGCAAGUGCACAGGCUUUCGUGAAAAAUAUUAAAGCCCACAAUGCAUACCAUGGCUGUGAAAAAUGCACACAGGAGGGAACGUGGGCCGAAAAUCGCAUGACUUUUCCUGAAGUCGAUUCACCUUUACGGACAGAUGCGUCUUUUAUUAAUAAAGAAGAUGAGUUUCACCAUAAAGGGACCAGUGUGUUGACAGAGGUUGGAAUUGGUAUGGUCUCCCAAUUUCCAUUAGAUUUUAUGCACCUUGUUUGUCUUGGGGUUAUGAGAAAGUUGAUUGGGUUUUGGAUGAGGGGACCGCUUCCUACUCGUUUAGGUGCUCAUCAGAUAGGCCUAAUUUCUGCAGCUCUUGUGUCCUUUGCAAUGACACUCCCCAGAGAGUUUGCACGGAAAGGGUGAUCACUUGUUGAGGUAGAUAGGUGGAAAGCGACAGAGUUCAGAACUUUUCUCCUGUACACUGGUCCAGUGGCACUGAAAGACCAUCUGCCGAAUGUUCUAUACCACAAUUUUAUGCUUCUGCAUGUAGCCAUUAGAAUUUUAUGCUGCCCCUCACUGUGCCUCCAGUACUAUGAUUUUGCUGAAAAGUUGCUGAUCACAUUUGUUGAGCAUUUUCAAUCUGUUUAUGGUAAUUACGUUGUGUAUAACAUACACGGGCUGACACAUCUUGCCAAUGAUGCAAGGCAGUUUGGUGCUCUGCAUAAUUUCUCAGCUUUCCCAUUUGAGAACUUCCUCUACACAGUUAAAAAAAUGAUUAGGACCCCUACCCAGCCCCUUCAACAGAUCAU